CUGGUUAUUAGUAAAGUUGAUAUAGGUGAUAAUAAUAUAGAUAAUACUAAUUUAGAAAAUGCAGAUAUAAAAAAAGCCUUUGCAGAUGAAGUUACUGAAGCUAAAGAUAUUACAGAUGAUUUUGAAGCUAGUGUGGAUGAUAUUGGUUUGGAUGAA